AUGAUUGACAAAAUAAUGUUUUGGAAUAUAAGGUCUGUCAACACUCAAAAUGCUUUUGAAAGAUUGAUAGAUCUUAAUAGAAGACAUCAUUACAAAGUUAUAUCUCUUAUGAAGCCUUUUCAAGAAGCUGAAGAUCUGGAUAUAUAUAGAAGCAGACUAGGAUUUGAUAAUGCUAUUACUAAUGUUUCUGAUAAAAUUCAGAUUUUCUGGUCUGGUGAUUGGAAUGCUACUGUUGUUGCUAAUGAAGUUCAACAUGUGACAUUAAAACUGCACAAUCCUAUUUUACAAAAAGAGGUGAUGUUUAUUGCAGUCUAUGCAAAGUGUGAUGCAAUGGAGAGACAUGAUUUAUGGGAGUCUGUUAGUUAUAUUUCUUUGAAUCACCAGAUGCCAUGGAUAGUAGGUGGAGAUUUUAAUAUUAUAUUAUCAGAAGAAGAAAAACAAGGUGGAUUGCCAGUUCUCCAACAAGAAACUGCAGAUUUUGCUCAGUUUGUGAAUAUGUGUGGUUUGGUAGAAUUAAAGUAUUAUAGUAGUCGGUUUACUUGGUGGAAUGGGAGAAUAGAUAAUGACUGUAUUUUUAAGAGACCUGAUAGAGUUUUUGGUAAUCAAGAGUUGAUGCAGAUUUUGUCAUCCAAUGAAGUGACUCAUUUGAUAAGGAAAUGCUCUGACCAUGCUUCACUUCAUGUGUUGUGUGAUCGAAGUGGUGAAGGAAAUUGGUUGUUAGAUUUUGCUACUAAUCCAUUUGUAGAGUUACAUGCCAAAAUGAAGAAGGUUAAGAAAGCUCUUGCAAACUGGAAUAAGAAUACAUAUGGUAACCAUUUUCAGCAAGUUUCCACUCUAGAAGAUGUGAUCAAGGUCAAGGAAUUGCAGCUAGAGAUAAAUCCAUCUGGGGUUCAUAGGGAACAACUGCAUAAAGCUCAGGCUGAACUAAACAGGUUCUUGAAUAUUGAGGAAGAAUACUGGAAACAGAAGUCUGGCAUGAAGUGGUUUUAG